CGACGAAACUCGUGACUCGUCGAAUCUGCUGAACACCUGGCUAGUGGCUGGAGACGGAGCCACGCCCGGUUCAUCGCUGCCGGCAACCGGAGAGACCGAACAGCAGGGUUCAACGGCUUACCAAAAUCAUAAGAUGGCGCCCCGGAUGCCCGGCGUGGCGCGCUGGGCGCUGGCGCUGGCGCUGCUGGUCUACUGCUCGCCAGCGGUGGCCGGGGAGCUGCUCGACCUCACCCACACGCUCGACAACACGACACUCUACUGGAACGAGAAGGACUCCUUCACGCUGACCAGAGUGGAGCAGCCCGCUAAUCGUCCUUUCUGGAGCCAGAAGUUCAAGAUUGAGACCGUGGAGCACGCCGGUACUCAUAUGGACGCUCCGUCUCACUUCUAUGAGCAGGGAUGGACGAUAGCAGACAUCCCGGUGGAGCGCCUAAUCGCCAACGCGGCUGUGAUCGACAUCAGCGAGAGGAGCGCCGCCAACCCGGACGCCAUGGUCACCCCUGAGGACCUGGACGCCUGGAGGGACGCCCACGGCCAGUUCAAGUACCCCACCAUCGUGCUAAUUAGGACGGGCUACGCGGCCUACUGGCCCGACCGCAACCGCUACUUCGGCCUGAGCGACGCCGAGCCCGGCGUCUACCACUUCCCCGGUUUUGGCGAGGCGGCGGGUCAGGACCUGGCCGAGGACCCGGCCGUGGUCGGAGUUGGUAUCGACACCGCCUCGCUGGACCAGGGCGUCAGCCGCACGCUGCCCGUGCACGCGGUGCUCUCCAGAGCGAACCGGUUCGGUAUGGAGAACGUCGGCGACUUGAGCCGAGUGCCGGCCUCCGGAGCCAGAAUCUACGCUCUGCCGAUGAAGACCGGAGGCGGCAGUGGCGGCCCGUGUCGAGUGGUGAUCGAGCUCGAGCCGUCCACCUGUCGUGGCAAGGGGCGCGGUCAGAAGGGCAGGGGCCGCGGUCAGAAGGGUAGGGGCCGCGGUCAGGGGGGCCGCCGCGGUCAGGGUCGGGACCAGGGUCAGGAGGGUGGCCGCCGUCAGGGUCAGGAUCAGGGGCAGGAGGGUCGCCGGCAGAGACAGGGCCGUCGCCAGGGUCGGCGGCGGCAGCAGGAGCAGCACGCUCACGAGGAGCUCCCGGUGCCCGGCUUCGAGUAGGCCCUAUGAGGAGUUCUGCCCUAACGCGAAGCCUCGUCGUCCUCCCGAGCUGACUUUGCGACUGUUUGUAACGACUCAGAGACCUGUGGUGACGGCUUAGACAUCGGUGGUGACGGCUUAUACACCAGUGGUGACGGCUUAGAAAACGGUGGUGGCAGACGCUAUGCGGCCAGACAGUUUCAUCUAUCAGACAUAGUUGCGGUGACAAAUAUCAAUGGCGCCCAGGGAACUUGGCAAAUAAACUGGAUUUGAUUGCGGAUGCUGACAUCGAUACUUAUGUGUAGAUUACUUGACGCAUACGUGGUGAUUUGAAGCAUGUUCAUUAUUCACGGCUAUGGAGCUGGUGCAACGACUGUUUUCACAAUAUGAUUCGUUGAUUUACGCUACAAAAGUACAACAGAGGUCAUUCACCAUGUGUUGCAAUACCACCAUGAUGUGUGCCAAUAAAGUGUUAAAUAAACUGCGUCAAGCCAACGCGACGUCU